AUGUCAUCGGUAACACCGCCAAACCAUCUCGCGUCCGCCUCGGCUUCGGCGGCCGAGAAAAACGCGAGCUCGGCCGUCCCCGCGAGGACCGCCAAGCUCCGGAGCUGCGUCGUCUGCCGCAGCCGAAAAGUUCGCUGCGACAAGCUAUCGCCUUGCUCAAACUGUCGUCGGGCUGGUAUUCCCUGCAUCGUACCGUCGAAUGACCGUCCGCCGAGAUGGGCGCGUCGGCUUGAGCGCGUUGCCGACGGGUCGGUACAGGAGGGUGCCCAUGGUGCGGAACCGGCGGGUGAGCAGGUUAUGGAGCGGUUGAGAACCUUGGAGGAUUUGGUUAAGGAGCUUAGAGGACAGCUUGAGCAGGCGAGCGCUGGGGCGAGCCCUGCUGGGAGUGGCUCUGCUCAAGGUAAUUCCCCGUCUGAGGGGAGGCGAGAUGCAUCGAGUCCUUCGACGUCGACCACCUCGGACGUGCAAAAGCACUUUGGUAGGAUGGUUCUACAAGACGGAAGUCGAGCGAGAUAUGUUGCCAGUGGCUUCUGGUCUCGAAUUAGUGAUGAGCUCGAUGGCUUGAAGAUGGACACUCGAGGAUUGCCCAGCGACGGAGACGAGUCUUCGGAUGAUGACCUUCCCUCAACUGCCCCUUCUACACGAGAACUGGAGAGAGCACCUUCAGAACGACACGCAUUCUUAUUCCGACACAACCUCACAGGUACUGCCCCAGAGGUUGCAGAUCUGCGUCCACUUCCAUCCCAGAUACCUUUUUUGCUCGACAUAUUCUCCGAGAAUGUCAACAUUGCCGUACGCAUCGUUCACAUGCCCACCACCAGGAAAAUGAUUCGCGAGACCCGCAGUUCUGGUACAAGCCUCUCACCCGCCAACGAAGCCCUGAUGUUUUCUAUAUACUACGCCGCCGUGACAUCCAUGGAAGAAGACGAUGUCAUGACCAACUUUGGCUCGACAAAAGCAGAGCUCAACUUGAAAUACCGACUGGGUCUGGAACAUGCUCUGGCCAAGGCGGAUUUUCUGAAUGACCCAAACAUUGUGCUCGUUCAAGCCUUUGCUAUUUUUCUCCUGCUUGUGCGUCGCCACGAUAGCCCGAGAUAUGUAUGGAUGAUGACGGGGCUCUUGAUCCGGAUGGCUCAAGCUCUUGGUCUCCAUCGAGACGGAUCGAGGUUCCCACAUCUGACACCCUUUGAAGUGGAACAGCGACGAAGGCUGUGGUGGAUGAUUUGCGUUAUUGACGUUCGAGCGUCCGAAGAUCAAGGAACAGAGUUUACGAUAUCCAGGGAUAGUUUCGAUACCAAGAUGCCCCUCAACAUCAACGACGAGGACCUUGACCCCGAUACCAAGGAGAUGCCCCCCGAGCGGGAGACCCUCACCGACAUGUCAUUCGCCGUCGCCAUGCUCGAGUUAUCCGACGUCUCAAAACAGAUCAUGGCCACGACCAUCGAUGGAGUUGGUCUAGGUUCCGACGAGCAGACCCGCCUGCUGGAUGAAGUCUUUGACAAGGUUGAGCACGGCUACUUCCAAUUCUCGGUUGAACGGGGUGCCAUUUUACACUGGGUAGGCCUUACGUGCCUGCGCUUGAUGCGCUCCAAGUUGAUCCUCCUCAUAUACCUCCCCACUCUUUUUGCGUCGCCAGAUGAGCGCUUCUCUGAAGAGGUUCGAGAUAAACUUCUUGUUGCGGCGAUAGAAGUUGCCGAGUACAACCACGCCUUAAACUCUGAACAAAAGUGUCGUCAAUGGCGGUGGAUUUACCAGACAUAUACACACUGGUAUGCUAUCGUCUAUCUCAUGAUAGAGAUAUGCCGUCGGAAGUGGUCACCGGUUAUUGAAAGAGCAUGGGUCGAUUUGCACAGCAGUUGGUUGAUUCCAUCACAGCACAAUAUGUCUAAGCACUCGAGAGUUUGGGUGCCGUUGAGGAAGUUGAUGGCCAAGGCAAGGAAGCAGAGAGAGAUGGGGCUCGCUGAGAUACGAGCCAAUGGGGUACCUACCGAGCUGCUUGAACAACGCGAUUCUCAAGUGCCUGCGCCUGCGAGCUCUGGGCCGUUUUUUACUGGUGAUGGGGGAGAACCUUUCCUUGAGUACUGGAGAAAACUUGUCACUGGCUCUUUGGAUCCCAGUAGGCAACCCCUGGUUCCUUUGGUUGGUGGGAGUGGUUUCGAGGCACCAAGCGUCGCGCAGGGCAUCGAUGCCCUACACGACAACCUUCCACUUUCUAACCACGGCAUAUGGCAAAGCUCAAACGCAGACGCUGUAUCUGCAGGAGGGCAUCCGAUCGGACCUGUUGGUUUACAUCCCAGUUCCAACAUGGAGUUUCAGAACGAGAUCGGAGGACAGUCAACGGUUGAUGUGGAUUCGUCUUGGAUGUGGACGACUACUGAUGGCAAUUCUGCUUCUUUUGCGGAUAUGGAUGUCGCCAUGGAGGUUGACGACGUUAACUGGAAUUCGUGGCUACAGUCUGCUAUUGGCAUGGAGUUGAACUUGAACCAGAUGGAGCCUGCGUGA